GACGUCGACGCGAGUACAUGCUGUUGGUAGGUGGGGGUGGCGCUGUUGGGCGGCGCUUGUUGUAGAAAAAAAGCUAUAUCGCUGACUUUCGUGUGAUAAGCCCUCGUGUGAUAACAAAAGAAUGUGUUGAACGACGCUUCGAAAAAGGUGCCGGUUUCUUCGAAAUUAUGUAUACGGUGACUAGAAAUUAUGUAUGAAGAUAACAUGAAGUCAACAAUGCAUCUUUAGAGUUCAUGUCGCAGGCUGUUUACUUAAGAGCACGCAUGGCGACGAUCGGCUCUGCCACACUGACGGCACCACUGAACUGCAACCACGAGGCGGCGAUGGCCGCGUCGGUGGCACUGCCGGUUUACGAUGACGAAGUGGGUCGCGGUGCGCUGCCGUGCCGAGGACCCGACGACCGGCCAGAGAGGGAACUCUGCCCAGGUGACUCCGCUCGCCUCUCGCACCUCGACCGACUGGCGAUCGGCCGGCUGCAGGAGGUGGCGGCGUCCCGCCCCGCGCCGACCUCCGCGUCCGGGACGUCGUCCACCGGCCGGCCACCGCCCGCGUACUGUACGGAGCCGGCCGAACGCGAGUGCCUGGAUCUUGGUUCGGACCUGCACUCGGAGGGUCCGGCCCUGCCACACGGAAGCGUGGGAGGCGUCGGCAAGUCGGAGUGGUACCCCUACGCUUGCUACUACUGCGAGUGCAGGUUCAAAUUCGUGAGCGCUCGCAGCAUGCACAUUGUGGACGUGCACACGAACUUGAUCAUCUCUUCCGGGCCGAACGAGGCAGAGCCUGAGAAUCGGCCAGGUGACGCGUUCGGUGGUGAAGACUCCGACCGCAGCCCCGGCAUCAACUUCGACACUCCGAAGGAAAUACUGGCACUCCAAAAAGCGAGUCACCCCUGGCCCGAGCCCCCGGCGGAAGAGUUGUCACCGUCUCGUGCCGGGGGCCACGGGGCGUCGCAGUCGGAGUGGGAGCCGCAGUUCCCACAGGUGCCGGCGUCCGGUGCGGAAAAGGGGUCUGGGUCAGCCUUCUGCCUGCCACGGGUGCAAACGGAUACUCCCUCAUCUCCGAAGCAAGAGAUAGAGGCCAUAUUCGUCAACGAAGAAAGUCCGUUUCUGCAGGAGUGCGAGUUGCCUGACGGCCCCGGUAGUGCUCGGGAUCCCCUAAGCUUCGAGGAAGAGAGUGAGGCACUUGCGGAUGACAUGCAUUCCACAAGUAACCUGCAGAGCAUUAAGAAAGAGGUUCAUGAAGAUCUGUUACCAGUGUCAGAUUGCAAUGGGUUCAUUAAAGAGGAGCCAGACUUAUAUGUAGGAGUGGAUUCAACUGAGAAUGAGGAGGCAUCCACGAGAGAAGACGCCUCAGAUAUUACACGCACUGGCCAGGCCGACCCCGACUUGCCCCACCCCGGCGACAGCCGCAGUGUGGUCGACGUCCCGGCGCCGGACACGAUGACGUCGACAGGUGACGCCGCUUCUUUGGUGUCUGAAUCCCGAGGCACCACUACCGGCGGAGGCAGCACCACAGAUGCCACCUUCGGCAUUAUUGCCAGUGGGGCUGACGAAGAGCAGUGCUAUGGUGAUGCCGGCACGAGGCCACCGUUCUCGUACGCGGAACUCAUCGCUAUGGCCAUAGUGCAGUCGCCGCAUAGGAGGGCGAUGCUGUCAGAGAUCUACUCCUACAUCGCGAGCCGUUUUCCCUACUAUGCUGCCAGGAAGAAGUUUUUGCAGAAGAUGAUCAGCAACAACGUGGCACGCUACAGUUGCUUUGUCAAGUUGCCACAGGAAGGCGGCAAGCUCAAACGCCACUACUGGAUGCUUGACCCACAAUACGAACACAUGUUCGAGAGUGGAAAAUUUCGCCCCCGCCGGCGUGUGAAGCGGCCGUUGCACUCUGGCCCAGUUUCGGAGGGGCACGCGAACAGAGCGCAUUCUGACAACGGUGAGCACCGACUCCACGGGCACGACUCCCGUCGCCGGCAGCACCGCACUGGCAUGUCGGAACACCUGCAGCUGCUGGAGAACGCCACCGAGUCACUGCUCGGACACUCGGCGCUCCGGGCUGCCGCUGGGAGUGGACGUGUCGGAGGCGACACUCUGUCACCUCCCGCCUACCCGCACUAUCCCAGGUACGAGAACGGCUCAGUAGUUUGUAAGUACCACCACCCCGCCUGA